AUGGACCCAACCAAGAAAAACGUAGAACUAACAAAUGUUGACUGGAGUGAUGAAAUCUUGAUGACUUGGAUUGAAGAAGAUACUCCGCAAUUGGAAAUAAGUGAAACGCUACCAACAGGAAACGACUGGGAAGACGAACUCUUAGCUAAUCUAAUGGGUAAUGAAGUUAAAAGUGAUAUACAAAUUAGUGCGAACGCAAGUGAAAGUAUGCAGAUAUCUCGGAAUAUAAGUAUGGAAGAAGACGUAACAAGAUACAGCAAAAGUGACAGUGAUUGUGAAUUUAUGCAAAAGAAAAGAUACAGCAAUAGUGAAAGCGAUUGUGAAUUUAUACAAGAGAAAAGUUCUAUAUCACCAUCAGAAACGGAAGAAGAAGAAACAUCAUCGAGUAAAGUGGGUUACUACUACAGUAAAAUAGAAAGUGACUUAGACCCAUCGUCGUCAGACAGUGAAAUGGCCGCCAACUGUAAGACAGUAAGUGUAAUCAACAACGAAGAAGAACAGGAAACGUGUGACAACGGCACCAAUAUCACGGCAGGAGAAAAGGAGCUCAGGCAAGGGAUCGAAAAUCUCAAUUCGACGCGGGUGGCAGCAGAAUUCAUCGACCGCGGGAUCACUUGGAAAUUCUCCCCACCGUAUGCGCCGCAUUUUGGUGGUAUUUGGGAGCGUCUGAUUGGCUCCAGCAAGAGAGCCAUAAGCGCCGUUUUGGAAAACCGCUCGGUGACCGACGAAGUCCUUCGCACGGUUUUCGCAGAAGUAGCCUCACUUCUGAACUCACGGCCUUUGACCAACGUUCAAACUGAUCCGUCAGAGCCAGAGCCGCUCACUCCGUAUCACUUUAUUCUCGGUACCCCCCAUCCUCACCGAGCGCCUGAUACUGAAGAAGCAUUCCAUGGCCUCACGCGGCGGAAGUGGAAGCAGGCCCAGUUCAUUGUGGACCAGUAUUGGAGACGCUGGAUGAAAGAAUACCUUCCGACUCUCAUCGAGCGGAAAAAAUGGGAAAGAACUGUCCGUCCGAUCAGAGUUGGUGACGUCGUCAUGAUUAUGGACGAGAAUAGCAGAAGGGGCGAUUGGUUGAUAGGGAGCGUUACGAAAGUGUUGCCCGGAAGCGACGGAAUUGUCCGCGCGGCAACCGUAAAAACUGAACGUUCCUAACUAACCCGCCCGGUUGUCAAACUUUGCUUCAUUUCAGGUUCU